GUUAAACAACAAAAAAGAAGAGUUCGUUCAAAGUUAAUUUGUGAUUUUUUAAAUUGGGAUUAAAAAUCUUAAGCGUGAAAUCGUAAUAAUGAAGGUCUUCGCAUGUGUCGUAGCCCUUGCCUUGGCUGCCACAGCCCAAGCUGGUCUCCUGCCCCAUCAUGGUGAUGCUCAUGUAAUUGAUCAUGGUGUUGUUCAUCAUGGAGAUGAUUUCCACCAUGCCGAUAUUCACCACAGCAAUGGCAUUCAUAUCGGACAUUCCGCCCAGGUAAUCGUUGACGAUCAUCAUCAUGGCGUUGAUCAUCAUCCCGUGUAUCAUCACACCGAACAUCACGCUGCCGUUGAUGUUGUUCACCAUGAUGCUGGCCACCAUGGUGUAGCAGCUGUUGAUGUCCACAAUGCACCGGCUGCCAAGAUUAUCCAUCAUGAACCCAUUCACAAAGUGGAACCUGUACACCAUGUCACCAAGGUGGUGCAUCAUGAACCUCAUCAUUUCUUGCACUACACCAAACCAGCUGUCGACCAUCAUGUUGUGCAUCAAAAUCAUCAUGUCGAUGAACAUCAUCAUGCUUCCGAUUUGCAUCACACUGAAUUGCAUCAUGGCGAUGCUGCUCAUCACGGUGAUUUGAUCCAUCACGGUGAUGUUCAUCAUGUCGGUGCAUUCCAUCAUUCUGGUUUGGUGCAUCAUGCCGAUGCUCAUCAUCACGCCGCUGUUGUCCAUCAUGGGGAUGUUCAUCAUCAUGCUGCUGUUGUCCACCAUGCUGAUGCUCAUCAUCACGGUGCCAUUGUUCACCACGGACACGAUGUCCAUCAUCAUGCCGCAUUGGUGCAUCAUGUUCCAGUUGUCCACCAUCACAAGGCCAUCGUUCACAAGGUGUACCCUGCCCAUCACACCCACUCUGAUAUCUUGGCCAUUGCUAAGCAUCAUUUGCACGGCAAGUUUGGCAAAGUGAAGAUAACCGAAACCCAUUAUUAAACGAUUUCAACUCCCUCCAAAGAAAAACCAAAACCCUUCCCCUGCAAAACAAAUAUCCCCUCUUCAUAACUGUAUUGUUUUCACAUUCAUAAUUUAUUAUACGAACGAACUCUCAUCGCCAAUCCAAAAUGAAUAUCUAUCAUAAUUUCAUUCAUGAUCACAGAUCAUUCAAAAUCGUAUUACUAUUGUGUAAAUAAUUUCCCAUUUUAGAAAAAUAAUUAAUAAAUUAUACAAAAAGUAUUAUUUUCGAAA